AUGGACUGUCUUAAUUCUAGAGUUGAUAGACGUCUAAGUCAAUUAUUUGAAGUGGUUAAUAAGAACAAAAGUGAUUUUGAUGAGUUUAGAAGAUUUUUGACCACGCCAAUAAUCCAAUCUAGAGCUCUGCCAUUAGAUGGCGGGAAUUCAAACCUCAAUAGCAAUUCAGGAAAUUUAAGUUCAUCUCCCGUCGGCGGCGGAAAUGGUCAGCCACGGCAAGAUAACCUCUUUCCGCCGAUGACAAACCAACCAACUCCUCACCGCAUGAAUCGCGGCGAGAUUCCUGCCACUACCCAAGUGGAAGGGAUACCCAAUGUGGGAGUUGGAGAAAUUCCCCCACGUGGUGAGAAUUUGGGAGUUGCACAUUCUACUCCAGUGGAACCGCCACCCAUACCCAUACCAAUGGCAAGGCCCUAUACGGUGCCUGCUCACAUGGGAGGGGGAGUAGGCUUAGGUGGGGGAGAUCAAGUUCCUCCCAGAGCAUACCCAACACCCAUGCCACCCCAUUUCAAUGGGCAUGGCAUGGACCCCAUGGGUUUCGUACCCCAAGGCGGGCAACCAGGGGGGCAUGAUCCCAACACUCUAAGGGAUCAGGUGGCUCAACUUCUUGCCGAGCAAUUUGGCAUGGGAGUGAGACCCACCAUGCCACCUGUUUAUCGAAAACCAUACCCUGAGUGGGUGGAUAGACUCUACCCAUUCCCAAGGGGGUUUAGGGUGCCCGAGUUUGCCACAUUCACUGGGACAGGGGACCAGUCUACUGUGGAGCACAUUGGACGUUUUACUGUCCAGUGUGGGGAUGUGGGAGAUUUUAUUAAGUUAAGAGUAUUUGGAAACUCAUUGACAGGACCUGCUUUUGCCUGGUAUGUCAAUUUGCCAUCCAAUUCCAUCCAAACAUGGCAGCAAAUGGAGCAAAGCUUCCAUGCUCAGUUCUAUAGAUCUGAGCGUGAGGUUUCCAUGGCUGAUUUGGCACGAAUGCGCCAAGAGCCAGGGGAGUCAGUAGAGCACUUCUUGACAAACUUCAAGAAUGCUCGUAACCGUUGUUUUGUCAACUUGACAGAGAGAGAGUUUGUCAAGUUAGCACAAGGGGGGCUGAGUUUUGAGUUAAGGAAGAAAUUCCAAGAUAGAGAAUUCUCUGACUUGUUCCAACUCAUGUCUUGUGCGGUGAGAUAUGAAUCUCUUCUUCAAGAAGAGGAGAAUAGGAGGAGUGCCUCAAGGGGGCAAUGCUUCCCCAACAUCGGCUACCCUGUUAACCAUAUUGGCCAAGAGGCCAAUGAGGUGGAGGUAGACCUGGCUGAGUUAACUCCAGGGAAGCCAUAUGUAUGUGCUCCUUUGGCUAAGAUGGCCAAUGAACCACAAGGGGGUAGACCAAAUCGUGCCCCUAUCCAGCCACGGAGGUAUUCCUUCGAUAUCUCCAAAGCUGACUUGAUUUUUGACCAACUCUACAAGGAUGGUCAAAUCAAGUUGACAGGGGGCAUAACAUCCCACCACCCGAGAAAUUAA